GGAUAGAGUCUUCGGCGGGCGGAGCGGCGGGCAGCUUGCGCCAAAGCGCUCAUGGCUGGUUGGUCGGGGACGCAUGACGAGUCCCGCUGAAAACUUCAGGAGGGACAAAGUCCAGCCGCGCUGCGGGGGAGACGGAGCGUGUGAAGAGGACACCCGGGAACAAAAUCACGUGCAUUUAUUUUUAUUUUUUUUAAAGAAAUGCUCCAAAAAUGGCGGUGGUAAUAACGACGGGAGUUCCAGGUGUCUCCGGAGUACAAAAAAGUGGAUUCCUUGACGUUUUGGUGCGGGAGCGUUGGCACAAAGUUUUGGUCAACUUAAACGAGGAAGCGCUCACGCUGAGCUGCGAGGAGGAGGACUGCGGUCCGGACCGCGACAGCGUCACCCCCAACGGCGUCACCAACGGAUCUUACCUGGACAACAACAACGCCAACUCCAACAACGGCCCCCACGCCGCGCGCACCGCCUUCACGGACCUCCCGGAGCGGGUGCCGGAGGCCAUCGCCAACCGAAAGCGCUGCGUCAAGGUGACCAAGCAGGAGAUCGGGGGGCUCGGGGUCAGCAUCAAAGGUGGGAAGGAGAACAAGAUGCCCAUCCUCAUCAGCAAGAUAUUCAAGGGACUCGCGGCGGACCAGACCCAGGCCCUGUACGUCGGGGACGCCAUCCUGUCCGUGAACGGCGUGAACCUGCGGGACGCGACCCACGACGAGGCGGUGCAGGCGCUGAAACGGGCCGGGAAGGAGGUGACACUGGAAGUGAAGUACAUGCGCGAGGCCACGCCGUACGUCAAAAAAGGCUCCCCAGUGUCAGAGAUCGGCUGGGAAACGCCACCUCCCGAGUCUCCUCGCCUCGGCAGCCCGACCGUCCUCUCCUCUCCCACCUCCUUCUCCUUCUCCCCAUCGGACUCUCCGAGCUCUCCCUCCAUGCCCUCUCUGUCCCUCCAGGGCGACAGGAGGUGCAUACCACUCAAGAUGUGCUGUGUAACCCGAGCCUUGACCACACCAGACCCCGAGAACCGACAACUGGAGCUGCACUCCCCUGACGCCAGACACACCGUGGUGCUGAGAUGCCCGGACCAACCGUCCGCCCUGUCCUGGUUCUCUGCCAUGCAUUCUGUCACUUCCAAACUGGCAAAGCGGGCACUAUCAGAGGUCAUCCACAGCACAGCCAGGACGGAUGUAGCUGGCAGCAGAGAGAUACGGCACCUGGGAUGGCUGGCAGGGAAGACGGAGAGUGAGAAGCAAUGCUGGAAGCCGGUGCUGGUGGUGGUGACAGAGAAAGACCUACUGCUGUAUGAGAGUCUACCACGAGGCAAGGAGGCAUGGCAGAGCCCCGCACACCAGUAUCCACUUUUAGCAACCCGUUUGGUCCACUCAGGGUCUGAGCGGGGGUCGCCACACUCUGGCACAGAGCUGCUCUUUGCCACUCGGACUGGGACGCGACUCGGCAUCGAGACUCAUCUGUUCCGGGCGGAGACCGCCAAGGAUCUGUCCCUGUGGACCAGACAACUAGUCAACGGAUGUCACGCAUCAGCUGAGAUGAUCAAAGAAGUCACGACAAGUUGUCUAUACCAGAGCCAGGAGUGCCGGCUGGUGAUCCACUACGAACAGGGCUUCUCCGUACUGGCUGACCCCAAACUGGGAGACGGUGAAAAUCGGGAGGAGAGAGGAGCUCACACACCCACCAGGCCUCAGGUGCUCCUCUCCUACCCCUACGAAAAGCUGAAGAUGUCCUCGGAUGACGGAGUUCGCAUGCUCUUCCUCGACUUUGGAGGGGAGGAGGGGGAGAUUCAACUGGACCUCCACUCUUGUCCGAAGCCGAUAGUCUUCAUCCUCCACUCCUUCCUCUCUGCUAAGAUCUACCGUCUGGGUCUGGUGGCCUGAGCGCUCUAAAGGGACAUUUUGGUUGUUUGGAGAAACGGAAAUCACCACCUUGUUUCUCCAGCCCGCCUGCAGCAGCAGUUACACCACGUCGAACUCCGGUCGAGGGCCCAAGCUGAGUUGAAUGUAGCCUCUUUCUGGACCUCCCACUCAAAGUUAAUGAGACACUGGAGAAACCAAUCCAGGUAGGACUUGCUUAGAGUGAAAUGGACUGUUUUUUUUUGUGGGGGGGGAUAUGCCCUUCCUUUUAAGGGCCGCAUGACUGAAGUGUUGACUGAAGAACCACAGAAGAAAACGUGGACUGGAGGGAGAAGGAUGGUGUAUGCAGGCAGAUGGACACAGAUUGGGCAUUACUGUCACGUCCAGGAUUAGAAGGACUGGACACUAUUGAGAUGAAUUUCCUUUUAAUUCAAUCAAAAUGUUAUAGCAGACGGCCUUCCAUUUACCAAAUAUAUAAUUUAUUCACCAUUAGCUCUAAAAGGACACUCUGCAUUUCACUCUGUCAUUUUUCUUCACCAAACACUUGACACACUGUGGAAAAACUUCAGGCAUUUGUCUUUGUUAGCGUGCACUGAUUGGUCUUGUUAGCGAUGUCAUCAUUGAACCCGGUUGGCACAACGUGACGGCUGACUCAAAUUCCAAAUGUCCCUGUAUUCUUUUGAGAUGACCAUGAUGUACUUAAAGUGUUUCACUUCAAACGACUUCAGUUGUAGAAAAAAAAAAUAAGCCAUAUAACAUAUGCAUGAAAGUUUAAGACUAGAAUAAAGAUGUAUACGUGUAAUUUGCCCCCGAUAGUUCCAUAACCAAACAAGGAGGUAACGUGCAGAAUACUCUGGUAAACACGUGUUUGCUCUUUUAGGAAAAUAAGCCUUUUUCACUUUCUCACCAAGAGUUUGAUGAGCUGCAGCCAGUUUCUUAUUAGCUUGGCUCUUCUUCCUGGACGGUGGGAUUGAAAGCAGCUAUAAACUGGUUAAUCAGAAAGCUUUAGAGGUGCUAGCGGGUGGAUUUUGUUACUUCCCCUUUGGACAGUGUUUGUUUCCAGCUACUGGCUAUGGCCUUACAGUAUAUUUAAUUGACGGCCAUGAGAGAGAUAUUUAUCUUCUGAUCUAUUUCCCGAAAUGUUAAGCUGUUCCUCAAAGGGUCUGCAGUCUUAAUCCUUCCUCAUUUAUUUUAAAGUGGAUUGAGAUUAAUUAUAUCUGAUCAAUCAAGUAGAAUCUUUAAAAUCUAAGGUCUUCAUCUUCGCCAUGAGUACUUAAUCCAACGAUGCCACGAUAUUCACAUCAAGUAUUAUUUGUUUUUAUUAUAGCAGUAGAAACAUGACGGGUCUUGAGUCCUGUUUAAAUUCUGGAGCAGCAAGUACAGGAUGUUAGUGUAUAGAUUUUAAUCUGCUGCCUGACAUAGCCGGCUGCUGGGUCUCUCCUAGUGCCUUGAGAUGAAGAUGACAAAGACGUUUCCAUUUGAAAAGAACGUACGGACUAAGGUCAAAGGAUGGCUCAAGGGUUCCUUCUAUGCCCACUUUUCCCAUGGUUAUGAGCACAAAAAUACUCAAAUAGCAGAUAUUCUGUGUCUACUCUCGUGUUCCUAAUAAAGACACAUUUCCAAUGACCAUAUACACAAACACUCGCACUGUGAGCAAUGAUUUACACGCUGUAAUUGCAGCACUCUCAAGAAGACACAUCAUCUGUUUUGUUGGUACUAAAAUCACCGUAACACUUUUGUCCAGCCAGAAUCGCAGCACUUACUGAUGACCGCAAGUGAAGAGAAGCUCUUUGAGGGGAGGUUGCUUUGAUAUGUAGAAUACUCCGAUGCCUUUGGCAGCUACUUCACUGCCACUCAGAAUGAUGAAGCCUAGUUUUUAACUCUAACCUGUGCACAUAAAUCAUGUAUUUAACAAAA